GAAAAAAAACUGAAAACCCCUUUUAUCUCAUUUCCAUUUUCCACGCAUCUAUCAUCAUGAAAAAAUCAUCCCCUCCAAAAUCUGGAAAGCCAGUUCAAUUCCCAUUUCGCACGAUCUGGUCAUCAGUUUUUAUUUCCUCACUUGUCUCUCUCUCUCUUGUUCACUCCUACUUUCAAGUUAUUGUUUUCUCUCUCUCCUUAACACCCAAUCAUAUCUCAGAUUAUUGCUAAUUAUGCUCUAAUUGUAUAAUUAAUCACUAUUCAUACAACUUACACUCACUUUUCUCACUCAAUUCAAUCGAUCGAAAUCUGGAUUUUUGGUCCUAAAACACGAAAAAGUUCGAUUGAUUGAUUAAAAAAAAUGGUGCGGAGAAAUAGUUUUUGGGCGUCUUUUAAACAUUUUGGCAACAUUUGGUUCCCUUUAAUUGCGCUUCUUUUUGGUGCACUUGCUAUGGCUUUCAGUCUUAUUGCUUAUGCCAAGAGAAUUAAGGCUAAAGAUGUUACGAAACCAUAUGGGUUAUGUGUAUAUCCAAGCAGUCCAUCCCCUGGUCUUGGCAUAGUGGCUGCACUAUUUCUACUAGUCGAGCAAAUUGUUAUUAGCGCUGCUACUUUCUGCUUCUGUUGCUGUGGACAACGUUGUACUGCGCGCUGCACAACUAUAAUCGCACUUCUGUUCUUCAUUGGCUCCUGGUUAACCUUCCUGAUAACAUUCAGUGGAUUGAUAUAUACAGCGAUCCUCAACAACAGCGACUUCCUAGCAGUAUCAUACAAUGGAGAAAACAUUGAUUCUUGCAACGUGGGCAACGAGAAUUUGUUCCUUGGUGCUGCAUAUUGGUGCAUAAUUAGUACUAUUGUAGGUCUCAUCGCUUAUAUUUUUUGGGUGUGUGGUAUUGUUAAAAUACACAAUGAUCGCAGCAGAGCCCAAGCUAUUACUGAUCAUGAGCAAGGGGUUGUUGCUAUGGGCGAACCUCAAAACAAUCAAAUGCAGCAACCAAAUGAAUAAUCUUGGAUAACUAAUGUGAUGCUGUAUAUAUAGAAGAAGAUCACCAAAAUCCAAGGGAUUUUCAGAUAAAAAGUUGGUUGUAAGUUGUAUAACAGAUAUGUUACUCCUCAUUAGACCUGGUUAUUGGACAGGGUAGUCCAAUGGAUAUAGGGUUAGGGUCAAGUUAAUAGGGCUUUUAUUGGGCAGGGCUCUUAUUGGACAGGGCCUUUAUUGGACAGGGUCAUUAUAGGGUAAAACUUAUACUACAAUUAUUUUGAAAAUUAAAAUAGUAAUGAUACAAAAAAUUACGUGUA